AUGACAGGCUGGGGCCAAAAGGACACCAAUAUCUCAUCCACACUUGUCCGCUCCCGCAAAAUGGUUCUGAUACCUGAGGAGGAGCGGCAGGCCCGGGAGAAGAUGCUGGGGGCCGGGGAGGAGGAGGAGGAGGAGGAGGCGGCGGCGGGGGGGGGCCCGGACGGGGUGGCCCUGCAGCGGUCCAUCACCCUGCUGAACGGCGUGGCCAUCAUCAUCGGCACCAUCGUGGGGUCGGGCAUCUUCGUCACCCCGACGGGGGUGCUGAAGGAGGCCGGCUCCCCGGGGCUGGCCCUGCUCAUCUGGGCCGUGUGCGGGGUCUUCUCCAUCGUGGGCGCCCUCUGCUACGCCGAGCUGGGCACCACCAUCACCAAGUCCGGCGGGGACUACGCCUACAUGCUGGAGGUGUACGGCUCCCUGCCCGCCUUCCUCAAGCUGUGGAUCGAGCUGCUCAUCAUCCGCCCUUCCUCGCAGUACAUCGUGGCCCUCGUCUUCGCCACCUACCUCAUCAAGCCCCUCUUCCCCAGCUGCCCGGUGCCCGAGGAGGCCGCCAAGCUGGUGGCCUGCCUCUGCGUCCUGUUACUGACAGCGGUGAAUUGUUAUAGCGUCAAGGCUGCCACGCGGGUCCAAGAUGCCUUUGCAGCAGCAAAACUCCUGGCUCUUGCCCUGAUCAUUCUCCUUGGCUUUGUCCAACUUGGGAAGGGUAAUGUGUCUAACCUGAAUCCAGAGUUCUCAUUCGAAGGUACCAAUUUAGAUGUUGGAAAUAUCGUGCUGGCUUUGUACAGUGGCCUCUUCGCCUACGGUGGCUGGAAUUACUUGAAUUUUGUCACAGAGGAGAUGAUAAACCCCUACAGAAACUUGCCUCUGGCCAUCAUUAUUUCACUGCCUGUGGUCACCUUGGUCUAUGUCCUGACUAACCUGGCUUACUUCACCACGCUGUCGACGGAGCAAAUGCUGACAUCGGAAGCUGUGGCAGUGGACUUUGGCAACUAUCAUCUAGGGGUAAUGGCCUGGAUCAUUCCUGUCUUCGUGGGUUUGUCCUGCUUUGGCUCUGUCAAUGGAUCCCUUUUCACAUCUUCUAGAUUGUUCUUCGUGGGAUCCCGGGAGGGCCACCUGCCUUCGGUUCUGUCCAUGAUCCAUCCUCGACUCCUUACACCGGUGCCAUCCCUCAUAUUCACAUGUGCCAUGACCCUACUCUACGCUUUCUCCAAUGACAUCUUCUCUGUAAUCAACUUCUUCAGCUUCUUCAACUGGCUCUGUGUGGCCCUGGCGAUCAUUGGCAUGAUUUGGCUGCGUUUUAAGAAACCGGAAUUGGAGAGACCCAUCAAGGUGAAUCUCAUCUUACCCAUCUUCUUCAUUCUGGCCUGCCUGUUCCUGAUAGCGGUUUCCUUCUGGAAAACUCCAGUGGAAUGUGCCAUUGGUUUUGUCAUCAUCCUCAGUGGGAUUCCUGUCUACUUCUUCGGGGUCUGGUGGAAAAACAAGCCCAAAUGGCUUCUCCAAGGCAUCUUUUCUGUAACAGUCCUGUGCCAGAAGCUCAUGGAAGUAGUCCCACAGGAAUCAUAAGCAGAAGAGGAGAGACACCGAGAGAGAGAGAAAAUACGCAUUUAUUAUUUUUAAAGUCUAAAAACAAAUCACUUCCACUCCCCUGUCAAAGCAGUGUCACCAUCCAGUCACCUGGGUGACAGCUAUCCGCCCCUUUGAGGCCUCCUUCAUCUUCUCUCUCCCUCUCCCCAGACCGGGCAGCUGAGUGGUGCUCUGAAGAACUCGUGGUACGAAUUUAGUCCAGGAAUCAUUUCCACUAGAUACCUCCGAUGGGCCUCCAGAGACAUGCAAGAAGUCAUCGCUGAUUUUUAGGGAUAAGACUCUGUGUGUUUGAUGGCUGGACUUCAUUUUAUUGGGUGGGGUGUUUUCUCCCUCUCCACCCACCCAGUUUUGUUGUAUUUUUUUUUAUUCAUUAGGACUAAUGGAUGCCAUUGAUGUGAAUUAUUUUUUGGAAGGGGUGGGGAGGAGAGAGAAAACAUAUUUUUUAUCCAAUGCUGUCAAUAGUACACUCAUGCUCUGGAAGGAACCAACCCUCCCUUUCCCCCAUCACCAAGUGACACAGCACUCCUCUGUCCCGUUCUUUUUUUUUUUUAAUGCAACACAGCGCUGCCGAUAUUACUGUUACAAGCUGCAAGGAAGGCAAUCUUCUUUAGACCAAGCACGUCUGGGCACAAGUGGAUGAAACUACUGAGACUAGAGACAAUCCUAGUUUUAAAUGUGGACUUGCACUGAUUUUUGACUGGUGUUUGAUGUUCCCAUGUCUGUCACCCAGCAGUAAUAUUUUUGGGGUUUUUUUUAUUGACAUAAACAUAGUGAUGCUAGUUAAACUGUAAUCCACUGGAUUUAUGUUUGUUGUCUUGAUGACAUAGUUAAUUCCCUUUCCUUUGUUAGCUCUGUAAAAAAAAAAAAAAAAAAAGGCAAUAAUUGAGUAAGCCACAGCCUCUCAAAUGGAAAUUUUUUCAGGAGAAAAUAUUGUUCAGAAGAUUGUAACUUUCUCCCAUCUAUUGGAACUUGUCAGCUCACCAUUACAGGUAUUCCUCUGAGUGUCAGGAGGACCUAACAGCUGAAAACUACAGAAGUUGUUUGCUAGAGAGAUCCAUGGUCUACCCUAGAGGCUCCUUGGCCAGUGCCCCAGGGGCGAAAGGAAAAUGGGAAAUGGGAAAAUGGGUUGGGGUGGUGAGAUCCAGAGAGUUCUCUGAGGAACCACUGAAGAUGACUUCUGUGUUUCCUUGGUUCACCCCUGUGCUUUCCAGCAUUGCUCCUGUUCACACAGAGCGGGAUUGCAUGAGCCUGGAUCCGUCAGCACCCGGUAUACAUGCAGGCUAUUCCUGUGAACCUGUGUGUGUGCCAGGGAAUCGAUUUCAGAGGUUUGUGACCUUCCAAGUCAAGAGCACAGCAGUAGUUCACCUUCCAGACUCUCACUGCACAUGCUUCAAAUCUUAGAUGAUCCUUGGGCCUGGGACACCAACGAGCAAAAGUUUUGAUGCCUAAGUGGGAGCUUUCAGGGUCAUGCAUGUGUGCUGUACCUUGAGCGGCAGUAAAAUCUUCCUAUUGUGAAUUUCCCAUCCCUGAUGCAGAUGAAACUGGCAAGCAUCAUGUCCGUUGGCUGUGCUGGAGCCCAUACAGGCUAUAGGUUGCAAUGGUGAAACUUGGGGGCCAAGUCUAGGAGGGAGAACGGUUUAUGUGCUUCAUAUUUCCACUUCAUGCAGGGGAAUGGCUGUGCCCCAUGCACCCAGAUGGCACUGAGUAAGUACGUGAGGGUGACACCAUUGCCCCAUUCUCUGGUCAGCUUCAUGCUCUUUCCAGGAGUACCAAUCCCUGGAGUUGGAUUUCCAAGUAAGAUGCCUGUUAAGAAGGUUUGGUGGUACUCACCCAAAUUAGGUGCCGUCUCAGGCUUCCUGUAGGGACAGAAGAGAGAUUUCACUUUGACUCCUCGAGUGUAAAUACCGACACGCAUAUACUAUUCCAUCACCCUGUUCUACUCAUUGAAUUAGGAAAGUCCAGGAAUGGAAGGAAUCUGUCUGUCGCUUUACGUAGAAGGAACCUAAAUCUUUAGUAGGCUCUUUUAAGCCUUAGCUGCAACUUAUUUGCUCCUUCUUUUUUAAGCAAUUAAAUAAAAUCAUGGAAAACUCCAGUAGGAAGAAAAUGCACCUCUCUAGAUUUCAGGCCACUUAGGCUCCGUUUCCUGCUUCCUUAGUUGGGAAGAAGCUGGCGAUUUACCACUGUUCUGAACUGACUUGUUCUGUGGCAUCGGGAAUGGUGAUGGAAAGCAGAAUUUGGAGAGAAUGUUCAGAUAUAAGGGAAGAUACAGUCCAAAUGGUCAACUAGCCCAAAUGUAUCAAGAUUCCCCCAGGAAAAUAGAGCCCGGAGUUUACCAAAGUUGUAUGACAAUAACACUCUCAUUCCUACCUAGUUGUCCACUAGUUUUCUUAGCAGCCAACAGUACGAAGGUAGGACCAGAGAUCAAUGGGUUUAAGAAAAGCAAUGCUGAAAUGAGUUGCCUCCAGAGAAGAAGACUCCACAGACGUUCUACUCUCAUGUACUGUUAUCUAGAUGUGCUAUCUAACGUCUAACCAACUUGGAACUGCAUGUCCUCUAAAUGGCCACUUUGACACCAAUUCCAAGUUCUAGUCGUUUUUUUUCAUAUGACUCACAUGGCACCAUGGCCCAUUUUCUACCUCUUUCCUGUCCAUUUGAACCGUAGAUUUUUGUUUUUUUGCUUUCUGCAGAGCACAUGUAAGAUCCCAGCCACAUCUCUGUGGUAAGGUUUGAGCAUGUAGCAUAAAAUUAGUGCAGUGAGCAGUAUCUCCAAGUGUGGGAUUAUAAUUUUGGUGUAAGAAUCCAGGGGGAGGCAACUUUGUUCGAAGUAAUCCCUCUGAUCAGGAAGCACAUGAUUUAAUUUGCAGACUAUGACGUGUGCAACCCAGGGAGACAAUGUCACUAUUUAUUUAAUGCCAAGGGGAUCUCAACUGCUAAAGGGCAAGGAACCGUAUGGGUUUGUUCCAGACUCCGUGUAUCAGUUUCUUUUUUUUUGCUCUGUUUGACACUACUGAGGAGGCUGCGAGGAAAAUACUCAUUGGAGGCCAUCCUCUUUCUGUAAGGAAUGAGUGAAUGGAUUUGUAAGGAAGAUGCCAGCGAUCCCUCUUUCCCCAGUAUUACUGUAGUGUCAUAUCUUGCCUUUGCUGUGGGAUAUGAAAAGACACACUUUACUAAAUUUCUUCCCUCUUGUGUGACCGUAAUAAGUCCUGAAAUCGUUUAUCAUAUUGAAUCUAAUGCAACUGGAUGCUCAACCUUGUGGUGUGAAAACAGGAGUGGGGGUGAUAAAAAUGCAUUUGACUCUAUCACUGAACUAGAAAUGAAAUUAGGUGUCCACCGUAUUAGUCUACUUCAUGGAACAAAGGACUGAAGUAGGGGGCAACUUUAGGCAAGUGUGAAUUUUAGAUGGGCCACUCUUCUCCAGGUCUGACUGGGCCCCGUCUUUCUUUUCUCUUAAUUCUCUCAGUUGCUGAUCUAAGAGUCCCCUGCCACUUGGCCCAGAUCCUUCAGGGAUAGGUUGUUUAGCCACCAUAUGGACCACUGGUUCUGGUGUAACGGGUGAAAUGUGGUCCUACUGGUGUGAAGUUAGCAAGAACGCCCGGGGCCAUCUGUGACCCGGGCAUGGUGGUGAAAUGUGUUCUAUGGUAUGGACCCCAAAUGCUGCUGGAACACAGUUGUCAUCCAUCCUGUUCCUGGAGUUCUUGUCAAACAUCAGUAAUUUUCUGCCCGCGGAUAGAGGCAGGGAAAUGGAUGCUCCAGAAAGUGGGUGGCUGUUCUGAGGCUGUGGGGUUUGAAGCUGAGUUGAGAAUGUGAUGGGUCCACACCCUAAGCUCCGUCUGACUGGAUCACGGCAGUUCCUGGGUGCCUUCACGUGAUCCUUCACUCUGUUGAAGGGAGUAACUUACAACAUGGUUAUGACCCAUGUUCUCUUUUCGGUUUCUGCUGACAGGAUCCGAAAAUGUAUUCAAACCAUCCCCGAGAGACAGAGAUAAUGUUUCUUCAAAGUCAAAAUCAGAAUCUUUCCCCAGCCCAGUUGCCCCCACCGCAAGAAGGGUUUGGAGCUGGGGUCGCCGGAUCUCAGAAGAUGGUGGGAGAAAGGGGGAGCGCUGAAGCUUUAUUAAAACUCCCCCAUUCCCAGGUAAUGAGGUAGUGCGGUCGUAGUGGGACGCAGAUGGAGAGAAUAUUUCUGAAAAAUCAAAUCAGUAUCCGUCCCCCGCCCCAUUGCCUCUGCUGUGGGAUAUUGCCAGGAUGAUGACUAUAAACCACUUAAAAAAUGGUUGAGUUUGUGAGAAGCCACAAAGCUUAAAUGAUCAUCUUGGAGGACUUGGCUAGAUAAACAGGUUGUAGUUAAACAUGAUGCUACUUCGUGAAACCAUUCUAAUUUCCAAUCUAUCACUAAGAAACUGUGUGCAUCUAUUGGUAGGGGGUCUCUUCUAGAAGUAGAAAUUAAGAAAGCUGCUUUCUGGUGCCAUUAGUACAAGAUUAAGUCAAGUGACAUUGGUGGCGUCUUUCAGUUGGUAAACAAAUAGACCACCUUGAAGCUAUUGAAACUCAGUCUUUAAAAAUCAAUAGUGGGGGUGGCUUUGGGUCAGACCAAAGUACUAAAGGGUGUCAUUUUGGGACAAACUACUGUGCUUUGAAUUUGAAGUCAGAGAGGGCCUUCCAGAAUGAAUUCAGUCCCGUUUCUCCCUGGGUGGUGCGUGUGGGACAAGACUACAUCUUGGGGAUCAAGUUGGAGAUGAAAUAAAUGAGGAUCUCCGUGCCUGCCUUCACCCCUCUGUUUCAGGGCUCUGACCGAGAAUCCCUUCUCCAGUUUGCUCCCCAGGAACCCCUUUCUCCCAGUUGAAUGCCCCUGCCCCUUCCUUUCCUACCUUGGGGACAACAGGAAUAGGAAUUGGAGCAGUUCUUAUUCCUUGAAAUUGUUUAUUAAAGGACAAAUGAGAUCCCAGGGCUGAUCCCAAGGUAUCCCAAGUAGAGUGACCUAAUGGGAAGAGCACGGCCCUGGGAGUCAGACUACCUGGGUUCUAAUUCCAGCUCUGCCACUUGCCUGCUAUGUGACUUUGGGUAAGUCACUUAACUUCUCUGUGCCUCAGUUACCUCAUCUGCAAAAUGGGGAUUCAGUUCCUGUUCUCCUUCCUCUUAGACUGUGAGCCCCAUAUGGGACCUGAUUAUCUUAUAUCUACCCCAGCACUUAGUACAGUGCUUGGCACAAUACUAAAUGCUUAACAAAAACUGCAAUCAUUAUUGCUUUUCUUUUAUAAAAAGGUUCUUUCCCAGAGUAUGGUGUUGGACUCCACACACUGCUGAGGGACAUACUGGCCGACUCUGGGAAGACAACGAGGUGGGGUGGGUGGUUGGCUCCUUGGGGUCUUUUUAAGGUGUUUUCAUGUGUUUUUUAUUUUACUGGGAUAAAUUAAAUCAACAUAAGUAUAACUACUAGGCCUUUUGUUGAACUUUAUUGCUUUUUUCUAAUGGUUUACUAAUUGAGGAUGCUGUAGGAGACUUUUGUAUUUAUCUUGAAAGGUAAAUCUGUUUAGUUGUAAUAUUUUUUAAAUGCUGUUUAGUAUAUUUGCAUUCCCAUGUGCAUUAGCUAUCCUAAGGUUAACUUCAAACACUGUAUUAUCAGUGAAGAGUAACUUGAUUAAUAAUCCUUUUGCUUUAUAAAUGACACAUUUUGAUGCAA